AUCAUAUUACUCCACUGUUUUGCGCGUGUGCAACAACUUUCUCAGUCAGCUCCAAGUAUUAUAUAUAAACUCGUGUGAAAAAUAGAGUUAAAUUAUAAUUACUCUCAAAAAUAAUUAAUUGAUUACAACAGUGAUAUUAACGAUAAUUAUUAUAAGCAAUCAGUUAUUUUAUGUAUUAAAAAAAAUCAUUUAUUAACUGAUAAAUGCACAAAUAAUUCAUAAUUUUCUAGCGGGACCUCUACCAAAAUGUUAGUAUUAUCAAAAUUGUGCACUUCAGGAAUAAGAAACAGAAUAACCUCAAAAUUAUUGGUAUUAAACACACAUACUUUCUGUAAGUUACCGUCCAAUAAUAGAAGCUUAUCUGCAAGUGUAAGAUUGUUUACAAAUACUUUGAAAAAAAAUCAACUGACAUUUUUAAAAAAUGCAACUCGAUCAAAUCAAACUGUCACAGUACAUUUUUCAUCAACACAAUGUAAAAAAUCUAAAAAAUUUGUUGGAUCUUGGUUAUUAUUAUGCAGCGGAAUGGUAUUUGUUGCAGUAUCACUGGGAGGUAUAACUAGACUUACUGAAUCAGGAUUAUCAAUGGUAAACUGGCGUUUUUUAGGGGAAAAAAUGCCAUUAACUCAACAGCAGUGGAUAGAAGAAUUUGAAAAAUAUCAACAGUAUCCUGAAUUUAAAAUUCUUAAUAAAGAUAUGACAUUAGAAGAUUUCAAGCGAAUUUGGUGGAUGGAAUAUAUUCAUCGAAUGUGGGGAAGAUUAAUUGGAGUAACAUUUAUAGUACCGGCCUCAUAUUUUUGGCUGAAAGGAAUGCUUAGUCCAAGAAUGAAAUUAAAAGUUUUAGCAUUAGGGGGCUUAAUUGGUUUGCAAGGAUUAAUGGGCUGGUAUAUGGUUAAAUCAGGAUUAGAAGACCGUUUCGAUGGUCCUGGAGAUAUUCCUCGUGUUUCACAGUAUCGCUUGGCAGCGCAUUUAGGUUUGGCAUUAGGAAUUUAUGCUGGAUUCUUUUACAAUGCAUUGGAUUAUUUAGUACCUGCCAAAUCGAUGCCAAUUGAUUUGUUUCGAGAACAUAAUAUAUCAUCAAAAUUUUCAUUACUAGCUUCAAAACUAGUUAAAUUGAAAAAUUUUGUUUAUGCUACCAAAGGGUUAAUUUUUUUAACGGCACUCUCAGGAGCUUUUGUAGCUGGCUUGGAUGCUGGAUUAAUCUAUAACAGUUUUCCGAAAAUGGCUGAUAAAUGGAUUCCAGAUGAUAUUCUUGCAUUUUAUCCUUUUUUGCGGAACUUUACAGAAAAUCCAACUACUGUUCAAUUUGAUCAUAGAAUUUUGGGAAUUACAACUUUAACAAUGAUCACAUUAGUAGGUUGCAUGUCAAGAAAAUUGUCUAUUCCAGGUCGUGGUUCCAAAGCAGUAGUAGCCCUGGUUGCUUUUGGUUAUUUACAAGUUUUAUUGGGCAUUACUACGCUAUUAAAUUAUGUUCCCAUUCCUUUAGCAGCGUCUCAUCAAUCUGGUAGCUUAUUACUACUCAGUUCGAUAGUUUGGCUUUGUCAUGAGUUAAAAUUUGUUCAUCGACUACCAAAAUUUAUAGCAGAAGCGCCAAGGUUGGUGUGGGUCUAACUUGAUUGUUGCUUUGCUCGCUGAGAUAUUGCAGGUGAAACAUUCAAACGAUUUGUCAGUCAACUGUAUUUUGAGCUCCAGAAGGAUAUUUAUCAGAACAGAAUUCGACAGAGUAGUAAAAUGAUAUAUAUAAUAAACUUAUUUACAUAAAUAAACGAAAAAAAUAU